AACUUUCCGUCAAUAAAAAUCUUAGCUUGCUAUGACUAAAAGAAUAAUUUUAGAAAAAGAAGAAUCAAUUUUUCGUGAAGAAAUGCGAACGAAAAACGAGGUCGUUUGGGAGAGGUAACGAGACGUAAAGCUAUGUCUGCCAUUUUACUUUCUCCUUCCCACGUCGUUUUGGUGGCAAAGGUCGUAAUGCAAAACCUCUUUGCUAAGGGGUUCAAAUCCAUGAACCUCUUUUCUCAAUAUAACGGAGUCUGCAUAUUUGCUCUUCUAUAACCUUUGUUUAUCUCCAGUGACAUAAUGGAGGAGCUUCUCAAUCCUUCAGUUUCUAACAGACCUCUAAUUAUUCCACGCUAUUCCUAUUUUACUCGCAAAUUCUCCAUCAAAACUCGCAAAAGCAAAAGCCUCUGCAAAUUUCACAAUAAUCCAUUCACUUUUUCCUUCUCUACCACCACAAAUGUGCGUCUCUCAGCUCAUUUUGGAGGACCCACUAAUCGCAGAAAUUCCCUAAGGAAGAAGCUCAUUGAUGAUCAACAGGUGCGUCAAAACAGUCCCGUUUCUCUUAAUCCAAGCUCUGAUUUUCAAAAAUUGAAUCUUUAUACUCCAGAGAAUUUAGACGUUAAUAGUCUAGAAGAGAGUGAUUCUAAUUAUGGGUUGGGUGCUGGUAAAAACUUAUCGUGGAAAAGAAAAUCGAAAAAACUGGGUGAAUCAGUUAUGUCAAGUAAGCUAGAGAGGUGGGUUGAUGAGUAUAAUAAAGAUAUUUCUUAUUGGGGUAUAGGGUCUUCUCAUAUUUUCACUAUAUUUCAUGAUUUAGAAGGAAACGUUAAGCGGGUUUUAGUUGAUGAAAAUGAGAUUCUAAAGAGAAGUCAAGUUGGGAAGCUGGAAUCUGGGGAUGUAAAUGAAGUGAACUCCAAAAUUUUGUAUGCAAAGCGUUUGGCUAGUGAGAUGGAGAGAGGAGGAAAUGUUAUUCCAAGGAAUAGUUCAGUAGCCAAGUUUGUUGUUUCUAGUGAGGAUUCUGGUUUUGUAAGAACUAUUCGCGGUGUUAUUCUUCAGCCCCAAUUUAUCCCAGUGGUUUUGGGAUUUGGAAAAAUUUCAUUUUGUAGUUUUUUUGCAAUUUGGGCACUGAAGAAGUUGUUUGCUUUUGGAAAUAAGGAUGAGCAGUUAACAGAAUUGGAAAAGGAAAUGAUGAGGAGAAAGAUAAAAGCUAGAAAGGAGAAAGAUAUACCAAAGAAUGGUGAAGUGGAAGUUGUUCAAGAAACUUCUGAACUGUCAAUGCCGCCCACUGAAAAACCCAAAAUGGACAAGCAGGAACUGAUGAGAAAUAUACUAGAAGCAAAGGCUAAAAAGGAUAAGUUGCUGUUAGUGGGUUCUUCUGGUUCCCAAACUACCCAUAGCAUGGAUUUUAAUGAAAAAAUUCAGAAAAUUAGAGCAAUGGCAAGGGAAGCUAGGGAAAUUGAGUUUGGUGAACAACCAGUAGUUAAUAAUGAUAGAGAAGAGAAACAGCCUGUGAAUGAGGAAUUGUCCAGUCAGAUGGAAAUGGUUGAAAAGCAUACAGGGGAGGUUGCGAGUUUUGUAAGUAAAAGUGCCAGUGGAGAAUCUGGUCAGAAUAGGGAUGUUAAUGAUACUCAAGGCCAAAUAUCUUUAGAUGGAAUAAAAGGUGACAAUGUUGGAUGUCUUCAUGAGGUGUCUUUCGAUAAGGGUAAGGUCAUGCAAUCUUCUGAAAAUUCAAGGUUAGAAGUUUCAAAAGACAUGCAAACAACAGCAAGUGGAGAAGUUAAGCUUUUUUCUGAUCAUCCUGAUUGUGAAUUGCACAUGCCAAAUGACAGGUCUACUACAGUAAGACGAAGGAUUAUACGGUCAGUUAAAGAAGCAAGGGAAUUCCUGGCCAAGAAAGAGAACAAACAUUCCAAGGAGCCUGGAGUUGAUACCACAGAAAAAAGCACCAUUGAAUUAACUUUGCAUAGUGAUAAAGCAUCUGGUUGUAAAACAAGCCAAAGAAAGAAAACAGAUAGACAAGUUAUUGAACCUGUUGCUUUGGGCAGAAUGUCUGAUCCUUUACCUGCCGCCGAUAUUCGCAAGGACUUAAUACCGAUUUCAACCAUUAAAGACAAUUCCAAUAAUACUGAGGAAGGAUAUGAGACGCAAGAUGUUCAAAAUUCACAGACACUCUUCAAUGGUGACACUAAUAGCAGCAGAGAGAGAAGACAAUCUGAUGAGACAGAAAACUGGAUAGAGAAAAAUUUUCAUGAAGUGGAGCCCUUAAUUAAGAAGAUUGGGGAGGGAAUAAGGGAUAACUACAAGCUCGCAAGAGAAAAAGUAAAUCAGGAUACUCUUUUUGGUGUAGCAAAUCUUGACUAUAACCAAGAUGAUAGUGAAUUUGAGUGGAUGAAAGAUGAUGAUCUCAAGGAAAUAGUUUUUCAAGUCCGAGAAAAUGAGUUGUCGGGGAGGGAUCCAUUUUAUCUGAUGGAUGCUGAAGAUAAACUUAAAUUCUUCAAAGGUCUUGAGGAGAACGUUGAGAAAGAGAAUGAAAAAUUAUUAAAAGUGCAUGAAUAUCUUCAUUCAAAUAUUGAAAAUCUUGAUUAUGGUGCAGACGGCAUCAGCUUGUAUGAUCAACCAGAGAAAUUUAUACCACGCUGGAAGGGGCCUCCACUAGGAGAGAAUCCAGAGUUCCUCAACAACUUCCAAAAUCAACGGACAGGAAUUGCUGGAAAUGCUGACACUUCAUACCUUGGGAAGGAUGAACAGAUUCAGAAAUCAAUAGAAUCCACAGAUGAGGAUGCUGCCACUUCCUUGUCAGAGAGUGUUUUAGAGAAGAAUUUACAUAAUAAGGAUGCUAAACAUUCCAAGACAAUUAUAGAAGGUAGUGAUGGUUCUAUCAAAGCUGGCAAAAAAUCAGGUAAGGAGUUUUGGCAACACACAAAGAAAUGGUCCCGUGGAUUUUUGGAAUCUUGUAAUGCAGAGACAGACCCAGAAAUUAAGUCCAUCAUGAAGGAUAUGGGAAAGGAUUUGGAUAGAUGGAUCACUGAAGAAGAAAUACAGGAGGCAGCUGAUCUAAUGAAGAAAUUGCCUGAGAGAAGUAAGGAGUUCAUGGAGAAGAAAAUGACCAAGAUAAAAAGAGAAAUGGAAUUGUUUGGACCACAAGCUGUAGUGAGCAAGUACCGUGAGUAUGCAGAAGAGAAAGAAGAAGAUUACUUAUGGUGGUUAGAUCUUCCACAUAUACUGUGCAUUGAAUUAUACACAACUCAGAAUGGGGAGCAAAAAAUAGGAUUUUAUUCAUUGGAGAUGGGUGCUGAUCUUGAAUUAGAACCAAAACCAUGUCAUGUGAUUGCUUUUGAGGAUGCUGGUGAUUGCAAAAACUUUUGUUACAUUGUUCAAGCUCACAUGGAUAUGCUCGGAAAUGGCCAUGCAUUUGUUGUUCCAAGGCCUCCAAAGGACGCCUUUCGGGAUGCCAAAGCAAGUGGAUUUGGUGUUACUGUUAUAAGGAAAAGAGAGCUAGAGCUGAAUGUAGACCAAACUCUGGAAGAGGUGGAGGAACAAAUCGCGGAGAUCGGGAGCAAGAUGUACCAUGACGAGCUCAUGCGGGAGCGUUCUAUUGAUAUAAGUGCACUGAUGAAGGGUGUUUUUGGUUUCAGGAGUCGACCUGCCAGUAGAAGAAAAAAGUCCAGGCGGACACUAAUGGAGCCUGGGAAGAAAUGAAGAUGAUGUGUGCUUCUUGACUGAGCUUGAGCAAGGGGUAACGAUUGUUGACCAUGCAAGAAGGCGAGGCCUUUAAAAGGUCUCCCAAACGGGUUGGUCUUACAACAGCCAAUCAGACACAGGAGCAGAAGAAAAGAUAUGCCUGCCUGAUAUUGAGCUCUUACCGUUGCAUUGUGUUCUAUGAUUUAUGAUGCCUGUUUCUGCUGGGGAGGAUGAUUAAAGUGUGGCUGGAGCUCCUAUAUCUUACCAAUUCUACUAGUCCAAUCAACUUAAAAAGGACCAUUUUGGUGUUGAUUCUCCAAGCCAGCAUGACUAGUACCGUGAGGGGGACUCCUUCACUUCAACAACUUUUAUCAAGAGUAGAUUAUAGUACCCAUCCUUGAAAAGUCCAAAACGAGCACCUGUUUAGGUUAAGUCAGUUCAUCACGUAGAAUUAUGGAUUAUGCAACAAUAUUAUAGUGACAUUAUCUAUCAAAUGCAAUAGUGAUACUGAUCAAUAAAUGACUGCCAUUGAUUAA